AUGAUCAGUCGUCGACGCCCUCGUCCUCCUCGGGGCAGGAGUUUGGUUUGGCGUCCAGCUCUUCCCGAGCGCGCCUUCCUCCUCGAUCAAAAACAGGAUGCUGUCGAAAGGAUGCAGGAUACGUCAAAGGGCGAGAGCCCCGUCUGGAACCAGGACAACUUGCCUCCAUUCGCAGCAUUGACGAACGAUGAAGAUCGAGAACGAAAGGCAGAGCUUCAACAACCUGGUACCUUUCAUGUCGUGGUCAAUCCGAGCAGCUUUGCAAAUCUGCCAGAAUAUGCCAGUGAGAGCGGAUCUGUUGAACCGACUGAUACAACGUCCGAGUGGAGUCUGGUAAAUAGGCCUCAGAGUGGCACCCACGCUCCACAGGCUGUAAGCUUCUCAACCUUGGAGGACGACCCAAACGUUGUGAUCUUGAAUACGUUUGAGGACUCUGCUGCUCGUUCAACACCUCAAGCUAUCAGUGUCCAGCAGGGAGCACCAGCCACGCUUUAUGCUCCAAUGCCAUCUUCUGCAAGUGUCUCUCAUCACAUACAGGCCCUCACUUUAUCAAGCGAACCGAUUGCGAACUUUGCCGCCUUUGAAAGUCCAACGCAAUUUGAGUAUCUUCAAGAUCAAAGCGAUUCAGCAUCGCUGGUACACUAUCGCACCUUCGUCAAACCUCGUCUCAUUCAAUUUUUCAGAUCUGGAACAAGUGGCCUCGGGAUCGAAGACCUCGCAGAUCCGUUUGAGGAGCAAGCACGUGUAUUUAUACCUGCUUACCAUGCGCUGAUGGCACUAUGCGACCUCAGUCUUACGAGGAGACACGGUGUACCGGUUGACCACUAUGAAAACAUCUUGUCGUUCCUUGAGCCACCUCUCGGAGCCUUGGACGAUAUAUUGUCGGAUGGGUCUCUUGUUACUCACGUAUUAAAUUUAUUCUAUGAGAUUGCGUCAAUGCGAUGGACUCCAAAUCUGUGGUCACAAAGGGCUGCUCAGCUAUUACGGGUUAUUUUUGAAAGACGCAACUCACAAGUCAGAGAAACAUAUCCGUACCUGAUAUGGUGGGUUUGCAUUAUCGAUAUAUUCGUGGUUUUAGGGGGAACUGGAAGUGGAGAGUUCAUGCAAGCAAUUAUGAGAUUGAAUCUUUUGCCUCCAGCCUUGUCGACCUUGCCUCCGCGAUCCUCUUUAAUCUCCGGUCCGCUAUUCCCAGAGGAGCAGAAUAUUUUCUUACCAAUCCUGCAACUAAAUCGAGAGCUGGUAAUUUUGGCAGCUGAACUUGGCCAGAUGGCGAAGGUGUUAAGGGCAGAUGCUGUUCAGAGAUUUGCAACACAGAAUCGUAUACCCCCCAAUUGGCUUAGCGUGGAUUGUGGCUUACCGCCCAGAGUUGAAGGUGUUCUCAAACAGGCUUAUGCGCUGUACCGUCUGUGUCUCAUUUAUUCCCAUACAAGCAUGUGGCCAUCUCAACGUGCCCAUCUCGCAAAUGCGGAUGAAAGAGAAAUCAGCGAGUGCGUUGCGGAAGUCCUUCGUGUCGGCCAAACCAUUGUUGCCGAAGGCCGAUUCACCUAUCGAUUUAUUAUUUUCCCUCUAUUCUUGGCCGGUGUUGCAGCGCAUCAUUCGAGAGAUAAAAAGGUGGCACUUGAGCUCAUCAUUGCCAUGGAGCGGGAAAGCGUCGGUAAUAACACCAGGGCAACUCGUCAAUUGUUACAAUUUGUAUAUCAGCGACAAAGUGAAGGGGUGAUGACUGUGGGUACCUCAGUGCAUGUCGAUUGGAUUCAAGUGAUGUUCGAGUCCGGCGUUCAACUUGUCCACGUUGGGCUCUAA